UCAUGUAUUUUGUGUAUUAAACAUAAUGGACAAUUUAUAAUCAGUUGCUUGGAAUUUUUGGAAUUUGAUUGAAUCCUUCUCCAAGGCUUUUUACUCUUCCAAUUUUCCAAACACUUGACUUGCAUUUUUCAAGACUUCUAAAUAGUGUUGGAAAAUACAAAAGGAAAAAGAUAUAAAAUGUACAUCCUGACAUUUUUGCCUAUUAAUCAUGUAAGCGUACUGCAUAUUUCUGUUUAGAUAAACGCAGCUGCUUUUCUCUUUUCGCGCUUUCCAUACCUAAAUCUGAUGUGCAGCUCGCCAUGAAAUAGGCUGCGUGCACAUUUGUUACUGUAAUUAUUUUUAAAAAAAUGUUUCUCAUUAACUCGAAUAACUGUGAAAAUCCCAAGAAGAUUAUCGCAGUCUAAUUCUUCAUGUAUUACCAAACAUCUAAAUUUGUAAAGAAAUCAAAUCAAAUGUAUCCCAGAAUGUCUUUUGGCAGUUGCUGGGAUACAUGGGUGAAAGAAAACAACAUCUUUGUCACGAAGUGGAAGUGUGCUGAGAGGAACCGGAAAGGGGAGCAACAGGAUGCACGAAGAGAGUAUUACGGUGAAAUGUGUAAUCUCCUUCGCAGAGUUCAAGGAGUUCUUCCAGUCACUGGGAGCGUCCGGCUGGAACUUGCAGUUCUUUACAACACAUCCCUGUUUUCGCUGAGCCUGUCCGAUCGUGAAGAGACAAGACGACUCGUCGUAGAAGGACUUACUAGAGUGUUGGAAGCAUUUGGCUGCGAGCCACCCGGCUCGGACCUUCUGGUUCUGUGGCGUGCUGUGCUGCAGGCUCUCCAGUCCAGCGAGUGCCUCUCCGCCAUCCACCAGCUGCUGUGCGUACAGUGGGCCCUCUGGCUCACCACUGGCCAGCUGGACAUGAUCCAGGAGGUGCUGCCUUCACACUCUCAGGUUACGAUUAGAUCUCCGUCAGGACAUCUGCCACCUUUAAUUCAAGAUCUUGUGUUUCCCAGUGAAGAGAACUCAUCUCUGUUGGUAGUCAUCUCUCCCAGGGAGCUGAAAGAGCUCACACACAUCUGCACUCUCAUUGCGAAAGGUGUUAGAAAGCUGAGAGAGGGGGAGGAAGCGGAGGCCCUUCAGGCCUUUCAGGACGCCGCCUUGCUGCCUGCACCAAGGAAGCUGCUGGCACAGAUCCACACGCUGUCGGGCAUGUGUUUGGCCAAGCUAGGGCGUCCUCAGAGUUCACUGCAGUGCUACCGAAAUGCCAUGGAGGUGGAUUUUGGGUGCAGGAGCGCACUAUACCAGAGUUGUGUGGUGUACCAGCGCCUGGGGAACACCCAGGCAGAAAUGGAGGCACUUCGUCUCCUCCACUCUGUUGUUGUAUCACCUACCUCAGAGUCAACAAGUAACAUGAUACCUCUCAUCUCACAUGUUGACCUUUUACGCAGCCAAGCCCUUGAAGGCAUCUUCAGCGUACCUGCACCAGUUGGCAUCCAGCACAUGUUGGCACAGCGAUGUCUUCACAGUGGAAGAAUAACAGAAGCAGCUGAUCACUACCUUGACCUCCUGGCCUCUUUUCAGAGUGACACAAAAAUACUGAUGAUUGCAGAUGGCCACUCAACCCUUCCCAGGAUUCCCGAUAUUUACUUAGAAGCAGCCGUUACAAUGUUGAAGGCCAAGAGGUUUUGGGAUUCCAUAGCGGUGUGUGAAGAGGUGCUUAAAAAAACUGUGGAGCUCAUCCCAGGCAGGCUAGUUCUGAAUCUGUCCAUCAAAGAAGGUAUGGAGACUGAAUCUGUAGCACCAUCAAUUCCUGGAACUGAGGACUUUGCAGGGAGAAACGGAGAGGCCAGGGAGCAGCUGAAAUACGUGCUGUGGGCUGGAACAGCCCUGCUUAUCCAAGGUCAGGCCUACAGCUGGCUGAAGGAAAACAAGGAGGCAAUAACUAGUUUAACAAGGUCCAUAAAUCUGCUUGUAAAGGUGCACUUUCUGCAUAAAGACUGGAAAUAUGGGGAUCUGGGAGACAAGGAGGCUGCUGGGAGUGAUGUCCAGGCGCUGCAGAGGCUGAAGGGUCUGGCACUGGCUAGCCGUGGGGUCAGUUUUAUGGACAGGGGACAGGACAGUGUUGCACUGCAGGACUUUCAGCUCAGUCUUCAGGCUUCUCCAGGGUUUGAAAGUGUGCAGCGUUGGCUGGUUCAUGCCCUGAGGAAGCUGAAACGUGAGGAUGAAGCACUGUCUUUCUCCAAGAGUAUGAGAAAAACUACAAGUGAGCCUGAAGCACCAUCAUAUCCCACAGGAAUUCUACCGGUUCUCCUGCAUUUAGAGUCGUACCUUGAGGACAGGAUGCCCGUGGACUCUGAGUUGUUGAAAAGCAGACACGUUUGGAGCAGAGAAGUUACACCAUGACAUCACCGGCGGUAUCUGUGUUGUUACACGGAGUGAUGACCAGAAAAACCUCUACUUGCCACAAUUUUGUCUUUGCUUAAACUGCUCAGUGAAAUAGAUUUACUCCUUCACCAUUUCUUGGGAUCACUGACAAAGUUAACAAGAGAUUAGCAGCUUGAUAGCCUGUGACACCAGUAGAGUUUCUGUGGCUCACCUUGCACCUUCUGUAAAUAUACACACUUUGCAAAUUAAUCCACACAAAUAUUUUCUGUGCAGUGUCUUGUCUGUUAGUUUAAUAUUGAAUUACUGUAAAUUAUUUACCUUUCUGUCAUAAAAUUGUGAAUAUUGUAUACUGGUUUUUGUUUGCAGACUUUCUGGGUCUGUGUCCUGCCUCAGGCACAACUGCA